CGCAUGUACAGUAGUCUCCUUCAGGUGCGAGGUUGCGGAAAUUUCUGGGACUGGAACGGUCAUUUCAACUCCCCUUUCUUCUUCAUCAAGAGCUUAUCCCAGUUGCUUGCUGGAAGAGUGUGCCGGUCGGUUUCGGAUGGCGUCUUCGACUUAAACCGGACUCAAUGGCCAACAUGAGGAAAGCUUAAAUCGGACCUCGUCGAAAUCCUUGGUAUCCCCAUUCUCUUGCGCGCCUCCCCAGUUGAUUUGUUCCCAUUUCGCUGAGUUAGUCAAUGGUCGCAAAUUUUUGGUUAGUUCCCUGUUUUGCUUGUAGAAAUUUGUUCGUUCCCUCAAAGAAAAAAAGAACCCCUAAAUUCUUCCUGGGCAUCAUGCAGUGGCAGUUCGUCAUCCCGGUCAAUAAUUUCUGUCAGCUUAUGGCAUUGGAAUUGUUUAUGAUUUUUGUAUGUACUGGACCCAAAAUUUUCUUGGAAUGUCUAUGAGUUGUUAUGUUCGAGGUUGAAUUCACAUGUUUGUCAAACGGAAAGUAGGAAGUGUAUUGACGGAGUUUUAGGUAUACGCCUGAAUUGGGUGGACCCAAUUCGCGCACUGUCGCCUUUGCUGAUGAUUUUGAGCUUAUGAUGCUUCCGUUCAUUUCAAAUGAAGGGCAAGGUUAUUGGACAUAGCUGGAAGAAAGCAAGAUGUCAUAUGAUGGACGAAUCUUGCAGCAGAAAAGAGAAGCACCCAAAAGUCCUUGCCAGACGGAGAUUGAACUGGAUAGGUUCAGUCGCUUGCCAGGACAUAUUAUAGAUCAAAUCCUGUCUCAGUUGUCGAUAAGGGAUGCAGUAAGAACAAGUGUUCUGUCCACAAAAUGGCGGUACAAGUGGGCCACACUUCCAAAUCUUGUAUUUGACAACCAAUGUAUUUCACUUACUUCCCAAGACCAGGUAGUCAUCAAGAGUAAGCUUGUGAGCAUUAUCGACCAUGUUCUCUUACUUCAUAAUGGUCCAGUGUACAAAUUUCGGCUUUCUCAUCGAGAUCUUGUUGGUAUCACCGAUAUCGACCGGUGGAUUCUCCAUCUGUCAAGGAGCCCUAUCAGAGAAUUUGUUCUUGAAAUAUGGAAGGGCCAAAGAUACAAGCUGCAUUCUUGUUUGUUUUCAUGCCAGAACUUGAUGCAUUUGGAGCUGUUUAAUUGUUUGGUCAGACCUCCAUCAACGUUUCAUGGUUUUAAGAAUUUAAAGAGCCUCGACCUGCAACACGUUACAAUGGGGCAAGAUGUGUUUGAACAUCUUAUAACAACCUGUCCUCUUCUCGAAAGACUGACGUUGAUGAAUUUUGAUGGUUUCUCUCAUCUUAACAUUGAUGCACCAAGCCUUUUGUUCUUUGACAUUGGAGGUGUCUUUGAUGAUGUAAGUUUCAUAAAUACAUUCCAGUUAGCUCUAGUCUCCAUUGGCUUGUAUGCCAAAGAUAAGAUCAGCAAACGGCCUGGUUGUACUAGCAAUUUGCUCAAGUUCUUUGCUCAUUUGCCCCAUAUUCGAAGACUUGAGAUACAGAGUUACUUUUUGAAGUAUUUGGCUGUUGGGGAUGUGCCAUCGAAGUUGCCUAGCCCAUGUGUGGAUCUCGGUUACCUUUCAGUGCGCAUAAACUUUGAUGACUGGGAAGAGAAUAAAGCUGCUUUAUGCCUAUUAAGAAGCUCCCCAAAUUUACAAGAACUUGAGAUAUUGGCUCGGCCUGAAGAAGGGUUUACUACAGAUAGUUUUGUUAGCUUUUGGGAAGGCGAGCAUUGGAGUUGCAUGUUUGACCAACUGCGGCUGGUGAAAGUUUCUGGAAUAUCUGGAACAAGGCUUGAGCUGGGUUUCAUAAGCUUCCUGCUUUUGGCUUCUCCCGCACUUGAGAGGAUGACCAUGAAGCCCGCUUCGGCCAAUGGACAAUUUCUGAUGAUGAAAGAGUUGCUGCGGUUUCGGCGGGCAUCUGUUCGAGCAGAAAUCAUCUAUUUGGAUCCUUGACAUCUUGGGAUUCUGGCAGCUGCAUUCUCUGGCAAGUACUUUGGUUACCAAAAUGACUCACCCGUGGUGACACAUUUAAUUUUUGUCUCUUUUUUUUUUUUUUAGCAUUGUUUUUUUGGAGAUUUACAUGUUUGCUAAAGUGUUUCAUGCAGUGAGAUCGAUUGAAUUGUCGCCAUGAUAUUAUGCAGUAUGCUUUAUGUCCUAGUUUUCGGGACUCUUACAUAUCGUGGUAAGGGCGUUUGACCACCUAGUAGUUCACUCGUUGACAAUUGUGGAGUGUUCGCAA